AUGGCCAACACUAGCAACGGCGUGCUGUAUGGCGUUUUCGCCGUCUCCGCGCUCGUGGCGGGGUCUGUUCUCAACACAUUCGGACCACGACUGACAAUCAUAUUUGGAAUCACUGGAUAUCCAUUCUACAUUGGAGCCAUGUGGUAUUAUGACAUCUACGGCAAACUGUGGUAUCCGGUCUUGGCUGGCGCAUACCUUGGACUCACAGCGGGAUGCCUCUGGACUACUGCCGCAUACGCUGCAAAUGCGUACGCCGAGGAGAAAGAUAAGGGCCUGUACCGAGCCACAAUGGACCUCAAACAUCACCGGGUCGGCCAUUGGCGCGUCUGUGGCCCUUGCCUUAAGCUGUAA